CCUCUGCUCCUCUCUCUCGCGUCCUCAAACACGCUCAGACCCUCCAGUCUCUCACACAGCCACAAGCCAACGGCUGUAAUCCAUCGAUCUGCUCUCUACACCAGCGUAUGCAGAGAAGAGAAAAGGUGACAUAUUUGUGACACAGCAGCAUCCGUACCGCUCUCAUGCAACGCUACAUACUUCCUCUCCUCCUCAUCCUCGGGGUGAGGAGUGGACUCGGGACCCCUCUGACAUCAAGCCCCAGCCCAACUGAGGCCCCCAGCGUGCCGCCGGACCCCUGCGAGGGCAGACCCUGUCUGAAUGGGGGCGUCUGUGGUCGGGUGGGAGAGAUGGAGGAGAGUCAGAGCAUACAGAUGCAGUUGGACUUCUGGGCUUAUACAUGCAUCUGCAGCCAGGGCUUUACUGGGCAGAACUGUGAGUUUUUUGCAGAUCCAUGCGCCAGCAGCCCCUGUCUCCAUGGCAACUGUAGUCAGGACGGCGAGGGGGAUGGGUUUGCGUGCGAGUGUAGCGAGGGUUACAGUGGUGUCCACUGUGACCUGCCAACCUUGACCUUUGACCUCUCCGAGUCCACCUGGGACCUCGCCGAGAGCCUUGUAGCAGAACACGCCACGCCGGCCACUCCGGCCACACCUGCGACCACCACUCAAGUGUUUCAGCCAACCACAGUCCCCACCACUACUCAAGCUCCGCCCACCCUGGAGCCAUGGAAACCCAAACCAGGUCAAAAAGUGGCGGAGAUACUGUGGGAGGAUCAGCAGAUUACUGAUGAAGCUGAAUGUGUGAGUACCGCAGGAGGCGAGUCUGCCGGAAUGAUGACCGUUUCCAUGGAGGUCGCCGAGGAAACAGCUGUGAAGGUGGUGGGUAACGUGAGCGGCUCUGCUGUACUGUGGCGUGUAGGUGAGGCUGGUUAUGAGCAGUGCUCUGUUGCAGACGGCACAAUCAUGUGGUUCCAGCAGAGCUCAGAUGGCCUGGUGCUGCCAGACCAGUCCCUGCCAUUCGGACACAACUACUUCAUCAGUGUGCUGCACGUUGGUGCACCCUCUGGUCCAGAAGUCACUUUAAGGCUGCAUCUCAUGGUAAAAACCAAUAACUGUAUUGAGCCCGGCAGUGGAUUCAGUGACCCACAAUGCUCUGGGAAAGGGAAAUGCAUCACCCAGUCUUCUGUGGACACAUUUUACUGCCAGUGUGAUGAUGGGUAUUCUGGGAUCUUCUGUGAGGAGUUUGACGCAUGUCACCUGAAGCCCUGCGAGAACAAUGGCACCUGUGCUGACCUCAGACAGAGAGAUGAAGGACAAAACUACAGCUGCACCUGCCAGACAGGUUUUGAAGGAGACCGUUGUCAGUCGUUGGUGGAUCACUGUGUGUCUGGACCCUGCAGGAACGGAGCCACUUGCUCCAGCAGUCUAGAAGGGCCUCACUGCUAUUGUGCUGAAGGGUAUCAGGGCGCCAUGUGCGAGCAGAAGAUUGAUCCCUGUGCUUCCGGGCCCUGCCACAAUAACGCCAGCUGCUCCCCACAGGGCUCUGGUUUAGGCUACACUUGCACCUGUCCUGCAGGUUUCACCGGACCCACCUGUGCCCAGCUGGUGGACUUCUGCGCCCUCAACCCAUGCGCUCAUGGCAUCUGCCGCAGCGUCGGUACUAGUUAUAGGUGCCUGUGUGUACCAGGUUAUCAUGGUCUGUACUGUGAGGAGGAGUAUAAUGAAUGCUUGUCUGCUCCCUGUCAAAACUACGCCACAUGCAGAGACCUGAUCAAUGCCUACGAGUGCAUCUGCGCCCCACAGUUCACAGGUAAGCACUGUGAGAUAUAUAAAGACCCCUGUCUGAAGCUCAGGUGCCAGAAUGGAGGACAUUGUGAAAGUGGAGGGAGGAACGCAUCCUGUCUGUGUCCACCAGGAUAUAUGGGUGAGAACUGUGAGGUUGACGUCAACGAGUGUGAGAGUAACCCCUGUCACCAUGGCGGCACCUGCAUCGACCAAUCAAACGGCUACACCUGUCACUGUCCUCCCGGCUGGGUCGGCGGAAGCUGUGAGAUCCAUCUGCAGUGGAAGAUGGCUCAGCCUGUGGAUUCACUGACCAACAUGCCUCGUCACUCUCUGUACAUAAUUAUCGGAGCUCUGUGCGUCGCUUUUGUCUUGAUGCUCAUCAUUCUGAUCGUUGGCAUCUGUCGUAUCAGCCGUAUUGAAUACCAGGGCUCGUCCCGUCACGCCUACCAGGAGUUUUACAACUGCCGCAGUAUUGACAGCGAUUUCAGCAACGCUAUCGCCUCCAUUCGCCACGCAAGGUUUGGGAAGAAAUCUAGACCUGCGAUGUAUGAUGCGACUCCCAUCAGUUAUGAAGAUUACAGCCCUGAUGACAAGCCUCUAGUUGCACUCAUUAAAACUAAAGAUUUGUGAGGCAAUACAUCUUCUGCACAAACACACACACCGCAUACACACAGCCACUGUUCCAGCCUUUAAAAUGAGCCAAUCCGUUCAGUAUUUAUUUCCAGAGAACAGGUUUAAAAAAUGAAAAAAUCUUUUGAAAUUGAUAUAUUUUACCAUUGCAAACCAUGAAGCUUUUAAUUCAUAUCAGGCACAAGGGGUGCUGCACAGAAUUAGUUUAAUGGAAUGGUUCCAAACAAAUGUACUUUGUUUGCGGACGCAAAUGUUUCAUGGAAUAUGAAUAAAUUAAUAACAAACUACAUAGCAAAAUGUGCGUGAGGGAGUGUUUAACCGAACCCUCCCACCCUUUAGACUCUGAUUACAAAUAUGAUAGCAGCACUCCAAGCAAAAUCUGUAGAAUUAGGAGUAAUAGAGCUCAUAGCACAGUUAAACUGUAACUUUAUACAGAUGAAUUAAAAGAUAAGAUGAUGUAGGUUGCCUUACUGGUGCAUGGAUAGGAUCAAUGGUUUGGCAUUACUCUGUAACCUUAUGUACAUUGUUGUUUGCUGUUUAUUUCUUCUUGUUCAUUGUGGCCUCUUUUGUGUCAUAAACUUGGUGUUAGCAAAGUCUUACGAUACCACUGUCCAUGUGAAGGCAGCACAACAAAGUGCUUUUAUAAGUAAUAUUUGAUGGUGUCGUUUCACUGAGUAAGUAAUAAACUAGGACUCCUGUUUAUAGUGUUUUAUGGACCGUAACUUAAAGACAUCUCUGUUCCAGUACAUCUUUAAAGCUCCUUAAGAUGCGAUCACAUUUACCGCUGCUCUGCGAAAUUUCACGGGUGAAAUCCAGUCAUUUCAAUAGGAAUUCAUGCAGUUGGGACUCUUUUGACUUUAAGUAACCAUCCAGAACAUCCUAGCAACCAGUAAUUCGCACAGCUGGGAGUUCCCCGUGAGUGCGAAAACAUUCCCGACGCAGAUUUCGCUUGUGUUCAGGUUGAUCAUUCGAAUUUGAACAGAAAGCUGCUUGCUUUGAAAAGGACAUUCAUACAUCGCCUCAAUAUUAGAAAACAACCUUUUUUGGCUGCAAAAUCUCACCUAAAUAUUGCUAAUGUGACUGCAAAUUACCAGAGAGUGUCAAAAAAACUUAAAAGAAAUGGAAAAUACUUGAAAACCAAUGAGUCUGUUUACUCGGAUAGUAAAACGCUAAUAACCAAUGUGGGGAUAAUGCAUUACAAGUAACUUCAGUUACGUAAUCAGUUUACUUUUUUCAAGUAACUAGUAAAGUAACACAUUAUUUCUUCAAUUUACAACAAAUUAUUUAAGUUACUUUUUCAAAUAAGUAACGCAAGUUACUUUUUCACAUUUAUUAACUGAUACCUCUCCUGUCCCCAUGUUGAAAGAAAUGACGUGACGUGCUACGCGUACUUUAGUGUUGACGUCAAAAUGUAAAUAGACAUGCGCAUAUUGAAUAAACCGCCAGAACACCAAUAAAAUCGGAGUAAUGAGCAAAAAUCAAAGUGUGCCAGUUAGUUUUUUUUACUUUUACCCGAUAAAAGGACACAGUGUAUGGCAUUUACAUGGCCUUACAUGUUGUCAGGUUGUUAAGCAUAAUCAGUGUAAGAUUGUGCAUUGAAACGCAAUGGAAAAAAAUCGAGAACUGAAAAUGCUCCCUACGUAAUGGAAGUUGUAGAGAAAAUAAUGUGGACAAGUGCACUGAGAAUUCUUAGGAAACUUUGAAACUUUUAAACCGUACAGAAUGUUUAUUGGCAUAGAAACAGACUUAAAAAUAGCCGCCAAGAAUAAGAUUACUUUCCUUAUUAGUAUCUGCUGAGACAUUAGUGAGCUCAUGGUAAGAGUACUGGAACAAGAGAAUUGUCUCUGCCAGGUCCUGGAGUCUGGUUAAGACCAGCAUAUUUCUGCCGCUCGCUUCUGGUGUUCCUGCAACAGGUUCCAGCUCUCUCUCUCUCUCUCUUCAUUUGCAUCUGGCUGGAGUGGUACUCAUAGGAUGUUUUCAUUCUUUCCAUUACCCAUCUCUCUUGCUCUUAUCUUCCAUAUCUGCUCCUACUUAUACUCAUUGUAUUCCUAUGGUUAUCCUCUUGCUUAGUAUAGAUGUGUAGAAGUUUCCCUCUGUAGCUGAUCUGAAACUAGUUUUGAUGCCUUUUAAUGGCUGAAUUAAAAUAAUAGUUUGACUAAAAUGAAUUUCCCUUAUGUUGUUCCAAACUGGCAUUUUUUUUUCUGUGAAACACAAAAGGAGUUAUUUAGUUGAAUGUUCAAGCUGCUCUUUUCCUUGCAAUGAAAGUACUGGAAAAAACAUGAUAACAGUCUAUAUGAUGCACUAUAUUCAAGGUAACCCGAAGCCAUGUCAUAAACAGAUUGAAAACAAGGUGUUUACCAAAAAUCUGCCAUAGCUUUCAAAUCUCAUUCAUGUUUGUGAGUAUUGAAACAUUGUGCAAAUAAUUUGUCCAGGUUUCUUAUGGCUGAUCUCAUUGAAUGUUUUGAAUUGAAAGAAAGGGUGAAUGAGAUUGGGAGCUAUAGUGGAUUGACAUUGAUUGUAUGACUUUUUGGCACUUUUACUGUGUUUUUGUCUAUUUUGGAGCGUGACAAUAUAUCACAGUUAGGGUUACAAAGGGGCUGAAAAUUUCUGGUAAAUUUCCAGAAACUUUCCAAAAGUUUCCGAACAUUUCCCAAAAAUCCUGGCACGUUUCCAAAAAUCCUGGAAAGUUUAUGGAAACUUUGCAACCCUAAUCACAAUUCACCUUUGUUUUAUGGAAAAGAGCAGCUAGGACAUUUUCCAAAUAUCCUGUUUUAGUGUCCUACAGAAGAUAGGAAAUGAGCAUCAUGAGGGUGAUUUAUCUUUAGGUGAAUGAACACUUUAACGCUGUUGGUGUUAUAAACUGGUCUAGGAUCAGUACUGAAGGGGAGCUUCUAACCCAAGCACAGUUUUUGUUAGAUAAAAGAUAACACCCAUUUGGUUAUAUAUGUGGAAUGAUGUAUACUAAUAAAAGUUCAAGUGAAAGCCUAAA